AUGUCUCUCGUCGUCGUCACUGGAGCCUCUGGAUUUUUAGCAUCCGUCAUUAUAGACCAACUCCUUGAAGCUGAUUACAAGGUCCGGGGCACUGUUCGAUCGUCUGAAGCCGCCCGUGUGCGAGUCGCGUACGGGUCUUUCGGUGAUCAGUUCAAUAUUGCAGUGGUGGACGAUUUGGCCACCUCUGACUUGUCGGAUGCGUUUCGGGGUGCUGAUGCAUUGAUUCAUGUCGGGUCUCCUAUGUCCACGGGGGGUGGGGCCGCUGACAUGCUGAAGGCAUGUCUACAGGGCGCCAUCUCUGGCACUGAGAGGGUCCUCGAAUACGCUGCCACGGCUGGCGUGAAGAAGAUCGUUGUCACCGCGAGUAUAAUCUCUUUGGUGAAUCCCAAGCUCAUCUUCACAGACAUCAAAGUCACUGCAAGCGAUUGGAAUGACCAGACGUUUGAGGAUGCUAUCAAGCCAGAUGCGUCGCCUUUCGAGGUGUAUGGUGCAUCAAAAAAGCUCGCUGAAGAGGCUGUUUGGAAGUUCGCCGAAUCUCAUCCCGACAUCGAUAUCGCGACAGUACACCCGCCUUUCUUGUAUGGCCUCCCAGGUCGUGGCCAGGUCAUCGAUACGCCCGCCGGCAGCACGAACAACGACAUCUACAAUCUCAUCUCCGGACCCAAGGGUCGCCCGCUGCCCGCCCCCGGCCACCCAGCGUUCACCAACGUCGCGGACGCGGCGCGCGCGCACGUCGCUGCUCUGAAGACUCCUCUUUCGGGACAGCCGAAGCGCAUUCUUCCCGUUGGAGGGAAGCCUGGACUCAAAGAAAAGCUGCCUGUGUUGGAUGGCUCGGAGCAGACGGUAGCUGCGGCCGAGUUGGACCCAAGCAGCGCGGCCCUCUUGGUAGGGUUAGACAAGUAUAUCAGCUGGCAAGAAACGCUGGAGACCACGAUCGAUGAAUUUUUGAGGAGGGAGAAGGAGCUCGGUAUAGUGGUGUAA